AUGGCUACUAGUAGGCAAAGCAUGAAUGGGCUUAAUUCUGUUACUGUUGGGGAUAGGGUGUUUGAAGAUCCUGAGGAAGUUAAACAAGAAGUGUAUAGACACUUUAAGAAGCACUUCUCAGAGGAAUGGAAAUACAGACCAACCCUAGAUGGUGUAUGCAGAUCUACUUGGAAAGGUUUUCCAGAAAUAAUUAGUGAAGCUCAAUCUGCCUUCCUAAGUGGCAGGACUAUUUUGGAUGGAGUUCUAAUAGCAAAUGAGGUUGUUGAUGGGUGGAAAAAGGCCAAAAGGAAGAGUUUGAUUUUGAAACUUGACUUUGAAAAGGCCUAUGAUUCUGUCGAUUGGGAAUUCCUUUUCUUUAUGUUGUCUAGAUUUGGUUUUGGUGAUAGGUGGAUUGCUUGGAUUAGAGAGUGCAUCUCCUCAGCUAGGCUAUCAAUCCUUGUGAAUGGUUCUCCCACUGAUGAAUUCUUUCCCCAAAAAGGGCUAAGGCAGUGUGACUCUCUUUCUCCUUUUCUAUUCAUUAUAGUGGCAGAAUGUCUGAAUGUUCUAUUGUCCAGAGCAUUAGAAAUGAAUUUAAUUAAAGGUGUAAGGGUAAGGGCUAAUGGAGUUCUUAUGUCCCAUUUGCAAUUUGCAGAUGAUUCUAUCCUAUUCUGUGAGGCUGAUGAAGGGGAAGUAGUCAAUAUAAAGAGGAUCCAAAGAUAUUUUGCUAUUAAACUGAAUUGUAAGGCUGGCUCAUUACCAUUGAGUUAUCUUGGGCUUCCUUUGGGGGCAAGUCCUGGCAAGAGGAAGACCUGGAAACCAGUUAUUGAGAAAGUUAAAGCUAGGAUGGCAGUAGCUGAUGUAGAGAUUCUCUCUGAUCUUAUUAAGUAUAGAGUGGCUCUUUGGCUAAGAACAACAUCUAGGGAGUCGCAGUAUCUUAUUUAUGACUUUGUUUUCAAUCUCCAUCAGAUUAGAAGACUGUUUGAGAUUGUUGGUAUUGAGGCUGUGUUGGCAGCAUGCAAGGUGGAGUUCUUGGUUGGCAUGGGUGUUUUGUCUUUGGUUAAUCCUAUAGGAAGGAAAGAAUUAAUAGGGUUUGUAACUUCUGCCUUUAUUGCAGAGUUUAAUAGUGCACUAAUGGGGUUUAUAACUCCUACCUUUAUUGCAAAAAAGUUAAUGGUGCAUUAG